AUGUCAAGGCCUUGGACCAUCUCCAUCAUUGCAGAACCGUUGGCCAAGUGGAAAAAGAGAAGGAAAAUCCAUGUGCUGUCUGUCCCAGGUAUGGAGAAGAUCAACUUCUCGGGUGGAGAGCCCUUUAUCCACGACCGGGGCGAGUAUCUCGGCAAGCUGGUGAGAUUCUGCAAAGAGGAGCUGCAGCUGCCCAGUGUGAGCAUCGUGAGCAAUGGGAGCCUGAUCCGGGAGAGGUGGUUCAGGAACUACGGUGAAUAUUUGGACAUUCUCGCCAUCUCCUGUGACAGCUUUGACGAGCAAGUCAAUGUCCUUAUUGGCCGUGGUCAAGGAAAGAAGAACCACGUGGAAAAUCUCCAAAAAUUGAGGACCUGGUGUAGGGAUUACAGAGUGGCCUUCAAGAUAAAUUCUGUCAUCAAUCGAUUCAACGUAGACGAGGAUAUGAGGGAACAAAUUAGAGAACUGAACCCUGUCCGCUGGAAGGUCUUCCAGUGCCUCCUGAUUGAGGGUGAGAAUUCCGGAGAAGACGCCCUGAGAGAAGCCGAGCGGUUUGUCAUCAGCGACGAACAGUUUGAAGGGUUCCUGGAGCGCCACAAAGACGUGCCCUGCCUGGUGCCCGAGUCUAACCAGAAGAUGAGAGAUUCCUACCUCAUCCUGGAUGAAUAUAUGCGCUUCCUGAACUGUAGAAACGGGCGGAAGGAUCCUUCCAAGUCCAUCCUGGAUGUUGGCGUAGAAGAAGCCAUCAAAUUCAGUGGCUUUGAUGAGAAGAUGUUUCUGAAGCGAGGCGGGAAAUACGUGUGGAGCAAGGCGGACCUGAAGCUGGACUGGUGAAGCCCAGCUCUUCUGUGGGGACCCCCUGGGACCCCACGCUCCCACCAACGUUGCUCAGGGACCCCAAAUCCGAUUUUCAGUUGCACGUGGAAUCUGGUUGCCUGUGGUGACUGAACCCGUAAAUAACUUGGAUGAUUGAAAUCCCGAGGUCGUGCAAGCCCACUGGCUUCGUUAAUCAGCUUAUUCGGGGCUUGACGUUUGAGUCGUGUUUCCUGGGGCUACUGUGUUUCCAUUUUGAAGUCAUUUCCCCAGUCUCUUCCUCUGAUACUCAGUUAUUUGCACAUCUGGAAGAAGUACAAAUUUUCUCCCCCAAUGACUUCUGCUUGUUGGGAGCUGCCUUUACGUGGCUGCAAUCUUGGACUUUUUACCCAGAAGUUUAGAAAUAGUCCACGGAUGUUUCAAGGAAUGAGAGAUGAUAAUCUUACUUGUCUUCAGUGAGCACCCAGGAGGAGACAGCCUGCCUGCCGGUGCUCUGCAGGGCCCCGGCCCGUGCAGGUUAUCCCAGGAAUGUGAGUGAUCUCUACUGUCCCCUUUCUCUUCCGAGAUUCUUAGCAAAAACAAGGUUUCAUGAUGAAGCGGCCACGGAGUCAGGGCUUGGAUUGUGGUGUGAGUCUGCUGAAUCUGUCCAGCAACAACAUGAAAGCUUAUUCACAUAGAUGGUUGUCCCCAUGCCCCUGGAAAGGGGCAGCUUACUGGAUUGGCAUGAGCUGUUUUGUAAAAGCACGGGGUACACGUGGAGGAAAGAGCGUGAUGAAAAGUGUAGAGUGUGCCUGGAUUUUUUCUGUAAACGAAGCCGUGGCACAAUAUAGCAUUCCUCAAUUAACUCUGAAUCGCCUGAGACACGCCUGUAAUCGCGGCCAGUGUGGGAGGAUCCAGUGUCUGCCUGUUCUCGCAAGAAGAUAAAGCUGGACGGAAAAUGCCCCUUGAACUGGGUCAAGGAACAAAAUCCUUCCCUUGCGAAAAUAUCACUUGCAACUUAUUAUUUAUGUAACCUAGAUAGCAUCCCAUUGCUUAGAAAAAUAAUAAUUCUCUGUCCUGGUUUUAAAAAAGCAGUAUCAUGGAUGAUUUUUCACUCAAGAAUUUUUAAUCCCGCUGCCAUUCCAGCGUUGGUCACUAGGUGGCGUUUGAAUGUUGCCUGAUUCCGUUGAGCCCCCAGCAGAAAUUCUGCUUCAAAAUCUAUUUUUGAGACUUGGUGACUUUGAAAGUUUGGUUUUUCCCUCUUUUUUUUCCCUCAGAAAAGAUAUUCCUACUUCAAAUUUUAAGUCACACUAAUUCAGCUGAAUUGUGUCCUGUCUGCAAAAGAAUGAUUGCCAUCUAUUUUUCAUUUUAUUUUAUGUUUUUAAGAAAGAAAAGAAAAAGAAUUGGAAUACAUUUUCCCCUUGCGGGUUCUUGAGCAUAUCUAAGUAAUGAUGACCUUGAUAUAAUCAGUAUAAACAUAAUAAGGUUCCUUUUUUUUAACUUAGAAUGAGUGUACUUUGCUGAUCGGCAACGUUUUUCAACAGAGAAAGGGCACGUAUGGGAAAGCACAGAGAUGCUGUCUGGCAUACAGUAGGUGUCCAAUCAUUAUGAUCUGAAACAAAGCCUGGAUCUGAAGCCCAGAUCCCCUGAGCUGAAGUCAGUUUCACUCGAUCUGAGGGAAAUUGCGUUUCUCUUUCCUCAGAUGGGAGUAUAAAUAAUAAACUGCACUUGAAAAAUAAGCUAUUUAAAUACAUUUUCCAGGUGUUUUUACACCGCUGCCCCCUUCCUUAUGCACUGUCAGGAUUUUCAUAGCCUUAAUGUUUCAAAUAUUCCAAUGUUCAUUUUUUCCGAAGGGGCUGAAAUAGGAACUUUUAGCAUUAGAGUAAAAUUCAAGUUCGGAUUACAUAACAUUUUGUGCUAUUUUUUUUUCUUCCUGGUUUUUAAACAUGAGUGUCAGCUUCAUGAGAUAGAUUCCGUUUCAUUAGAAAAACAAAGGGCAAUUUAACCGAGGUAUCUCAACUUAGGUGUUAAGGUCAAGUAUUCUGCGGUGAUUUCAACUCUUGCUUAGUUUAGGCUGUAAUAAUAUGGAUGAAAUCUUGUCUUACGAAACCUAACAGAGAUCAGACAUUAGUGAUAGCAUAUGGUUUAAAAAGUAAGACUCGCCUCUGUUGUUUAGUGGUAAAUGACAUGAAAGUCACCUGUUUUAAGUUGGAAGAUGAGUGAAAUCGUGUGGCUGACUCAUCAGAAAUGGAGGCUCCUAGUCUGACUGUCUGGAGUUUGGAGUCUGGUUGCUGGGUUAAUAGAGAGAAUCAUGGUCCUAAAACAAGCGGACAAAUUCUCAGUGAGGCUGUUUUAGGCAAUAAUUCAUCGCCCUCUGUUGAAAGGACUGUUUAAUUCACUAAGAUUUUAAAGCUUUGUCUUGAGUGUUUAUAGGCCUCAGUUUUAAGGAAAUAUAUAUAUAUAUAUUUUUUUUUCUCCAUAUGUGAUGCUGUUGACUAUUGGUCUCUUGUAUUAUAAGGUGCUGUAACAUAUUAAAGUAUUUUUUGUAGAUUA